AUGUCUUCAUUACAUAUCUCAAUAAUUUUUACUUUAUUGACAAUUAUAAUUGCCGAUAAUAAAACGUUUUAUUUUACAAAAUCACAUUAUGAAUUAUGGUGUCAAGAAAAUAUUCUAUCAAAUUCAUUAUUUCUCUAUCCAAAUCGAAUACCAAUAGGUAUUUAUCGUACAUCAAAUAUUAAAUCUGUUACAUAUUAUCUUGUUGAUGAUAACAAUAAUGGUUUAUUUCAAAUAAAAACAAAACGUUUAGCAGACUUUUAUUUUCUUAUUAUUAAUAUAACACGUCCAUUUGAUAUUAAUAGAGAAUAUCAAGAUGUUUAUACACUUCGUAUUGAAGCAAAUAUUAUAACGAUACAAGAAAAUCUAACUGAGCAAACAGAAGUUCGUCUUUAUGUUGCUGAUUCAAAUGAUAAUGAUGGAGUAUUUGAUAUGGAUAUCUAUGAACAAAAUUAUACUCAAACAAUUGAAAUUGAUCAAUCACUUAUACAAUUUCAUGCAAGUGACGCUGAUGAAAUUCAACAUGCACAAAUUUUUUAUGAAUUAGCAUCGUCAUUAAAUGAAACAUUUUCUUUACAUCCAUAUACAGGUGAAUUAUAUAUAAUAACAAAAGAAAAUUUAAAAUCAACAUAUGAAUUUGAUAUCUAUGCAUAUGAUCGUUAUCGUAAACGUCUUGUUGAUAAUAAUAUGAAAACUCGAACACAUGUUAAAUUAAAUUUUUAUCAAUUAAAUUUUUUAAAUAAUAAUAUUUCAUAUGAAAAUUUUCAAACAAUAUUUAAUCAAACAAUAAAAUAUGAAAAUUUAAUAUCAAUAUAUGAUAUUGAAAUAUAUGAAAGAAAAUCAUUUCAUUUAUUAAAUAUUCAUCAACCAAUAUUAACAAUAAAUAUAAAAAAUUUUAAUGAAAAAUUUUUUGAAAUUUUUUUAUUAAAAAAUUCAUCAUUAAAUACAAAAAAUUUAUUUAUUUAUAAAAAUAAUAUUUAUUUAAAUAAAUAUUUAAUUGAAGAAUAUAAUUUACAAUUAUUUAUUUGUUUUUAUAAUAAUCAUUAUCAAUGUCAAUAUACAAAAUAUCGUUAUAUACCAUUUAUUGAUUUUAAUUUUUAUCAAUUUCAUUUUAAACCAAUUAAAAAAAUUUAUUUAGAUGAAAAUUUACCUGUUGAUUCAUUUAUAACACAUAUACAAAUUAAUUAUAAUCAAUUAUCAUAUGAACAAUUAUUAAUAAUUAAUUAUAAAUUAUUAAAUGAUGAUAUUUAUUAUCAAUUUUAUAUUAAUUCUACAACAGGUAUUUUACGUCUUGCUGAACGUUUAGAAUAUCGUAUUUAUUUACUUGAUAUACAAGCUAAUAUACAUUUAUUUAAUCGUCGUUAUUCAAUUGAAACAACAAUUGAAAUUCAUGUACGUGAAAUAAAUAAAUAUCGUCCAAUAUUUCGUAAUAAUACACCAAUUGAUUUAUUUCAAUUACCAUAUCAAUUUGAAGCAUAUGAUUAUGAUCAAAAUAAACAAACAAAUGGACGUAUAACAUAUCGUUUAUUAAAUUGUUUAAAUAAUUGUUCAUUUUAUAUUGAUCCAAAUAAUGGUAUAUUAAAUAUUAAAAAAAAUGAAAAUUUUAAUCGAAAUAUAAUUUAUUAUUUACAAAUUAUUGCAUUUGAUUGGGGACAACCAAUUAGUUUUCAAAGUAUUCUUGAUAUUCGUAUUGAUUUAUCAUUAAGAAAAAUCCAUAAAAGAUCUUUACAAAGAACACGAGCAUAUUCAAGACGAUGGAGAAAAAAAUCAACAUCAAUUUUAUUACCAACAACAAAAACAACAUCAACAACAACAAUGAUUACAGAAAAAAGUACAUAUAAUAUAACAUUACCUUCAAAUAUCGAUACUGUUUAUUUAAAUAUUGGUUUUUAUCAAAAUUUAACAACAUAUUAUAUAUCAGAAGAUAUGGAAAUUAAUACAAUAAUUGAUCGUUUAAAAAUUGAAUAUGAUUCAUUUCCAUUAAAUAUAAAUAAUGAAUAUGAUAAUAUAUUUUUCUAUACAAUAAAUGAUACAAAUGUACCAUUUAUAAUUGAUCAAAAUGAAAAAUAUUUAAAAUUAAUUAAUAAAAUUGAUCGUGAAAAACAAAAUAAAUAUAUAUUUGAAAUUGAACUUAAAUUAAAAUCAAUUUAUUCAAUUAAAUUACAAGAACAAUAUUAUUGUCAAAAGAAAAAUUCAUUUAUUAAUAUUCAAUAUACAAAUAAAUAUUAUCAAAAAAUGUUAAUUAUUAUUUAUAUUAAUGAUAUUAAUGAUAAUAUACCAAUAUGUAAUAAUUUUCAUAUAAAUAUUCAAUUAAAUGAAAAUGAAAUUAAAAAAAAUCUUUAUCAAAUUCAAGCAUAUGAUUCUGAUUUAGGAGAAAAUGGUACAAUAAGUUAUUCUUUACUUGAUUAUAAUCAAUAUUUUUCUAUAAAUCCAUCAACAGGUCAAAUUGAUUGCAUAAAAUCAAUUGAUUAUGAAGAAUAUUCAUCGAUUGAUUUAUAUAUAAUUGCAUCUGAUCAAGGUUCACAAAUUCAACUUCAAUCAAUAUGUACAACAAUUCAUAUUACAAUAAAUGAUAUUAAUGAUAAUACACCACAAUUUUUAUUAGAUAAUUAUAUUUUUAAUAUUUUUUCUGAUAUGCCACGUUAUUCAAUAUUUGGUCAAAUUAAUGCAAUAGAUUUUGAUAAAAAUAAUCAAUUAAUUUAUUCAAUUAAUACAAAUCCAUAUAUAACAAUAAAUAUGUAUACAGGUCAUUUACGUAUAAAAAAUACUUUACAUCGUUUAAUUGAUCAAAUAUUAAAUAUAACUGUAGAAGUUUCUGAUAGUUUACAUCAAAAUCAAACAUUAGUAUCAAUUUAUAUUAAAACAUUUCCUGAUGCUCAACAACCUAUACUUUUAUCUGAACCAGCAUAUGGUUUAACAAUAAAUGAAUCAUUAUCUAUUGAUUCAAUAAUAACGAAUAUUUAUCGUCGAUUUCAAAUUCAUUCAUCAUCGAUUGAUUUUAUUGAAGUAAUUCAUGAUGAAAUAAAAUUACCAUUUUCAAUUGAUCAACAAGGUUAUCUUCGUUUAACACAAUCUUUAAUUGGUUUAUCUCUAUCAUCAUAUUGGCUUCCAAUACGUUUAACACGUUAUCGUGCACAUCCACCACAUACAUUUAUUCAUAUACAUAUAUCAAUUCGACAAGAAAAUUUUUAUUUACCACAAUGUAUAGAUACAUAUCAAAGUGUAAAAGCAUACGAUUAUUCAAUUGAAUAUCCAUUUGCACGUAUUGAAGCAAAAACAUUAAAUAAAAAUUCAUUUAUUGAAUAUACAAUUAUUGAUAAUGAUAAAAAUGAUAAAAUAUUUUUUAUUGAUAAACAAAAAGGUUUUGUACAAUUAUCAUCAAUAAUACAUAAUAAUAAUAAUAAUAAUAAUAAUAAUAAUAAUCGUCGAUUAAAAUCAGAUUAUUUAUUAACAAUAAAUGCAUUAGAUAAUCAAUAUAAAUUAUCAGUUAAUUGUUAUUUAAAAAUUCAUCUUAUACGACGACAUCAAUUAAUGCCAAAAUUUCUUUCAUCAUCUAUUUAUAAUAUUGAUUUACCUGAAAUUCAAUAUCAUAGUGGACGAAUACGACAACGUUUAUUUCAAAUAAUUGCAUUAUUAGAUAAUCAUGUUUAUGAUAGAAAACUUGAAGUACGUUAUAGAUUUGUUGAUUCAAAUCAACAUUUUAUUAUUAAUCGUCAAACGGGUUAUAUUGCUGCAAAACAACCAUUAAAUCCUUAUACAAUAUAUGAAUUUCAAGUUCAAGCAUUUACAGUUGCACAUCAAGAUGAUAUAUUAUCUGAUGGUAAUGAAAAUGAUCAUGAUGAUGAAAAUUCCUAUCAAGGUAAAUGGCGUAUAGUUUCACCACGUAAAAUUUUACCAAUAAAAAUUCGUAUAUUACCAAUGAUAUCACUUAAGAAAUCGUUAUUAUCAACAAUUGAUUCAACAAUAAAUAUUGAUUUAUUAAAAACAACUGAAGUUGGUACAACAAUUUUACAUCUUGGAUUAAAUAAUCGUUAUAAUAAUACACAAUGGUUUAUUAUGAUUGGACAUAUACGUUAUACAAGAUAUUUUCAUGUAGAUUUUCAAACAGGUCAUUUAAUACUUAUACGUCCUAUUGAAGAAUUAAUACAUCAAAUAAAUCUAAUUGAACUUCGUAUUAAUGUAACUAAUGAUUGGAUUAAUAUGAAUACAAUUAAAGUUAUUAUUCGUAUUAUAAAUAAUCAAAUACCAAUUAUUGAAUUUUCUCAAACUGAUUAUUAUAGUUCAAUAUCAAAAAAUAUUCCAAUUGGUGCUGAAAUAGCACGUUUAACAAUUGAAAAUCCAUCUGAUGAUUGUAUAUAUUCAAUUGAUUCAGUUGAAAAAAUAAAAUCUUAUGAUUUAUUUCGUAUUAAUACAUAUACUGGUUCAAUAACUGUUAGUAAUUCAUUAGUUAAUUCUCAAAAUCAUAAACAUUUAUUAAAAAUUAUCUAUCGUUGUGAACAUAAUUAUCAUAUAGCACAUACACAUUUACAUAUAAAUAUACUUGAUGAAAAAAAUUCAUUAAAUCAAACAAAUAAAUUAUUUCGUUUUAGUCAAGAUAAUUAUUUAAUUAUAUUUGAAACUUCAUUAAUUAAAAAUCGUAAAAAAUAUUUAAUAAAUUUUGAAUUAAUUAAUAAUAAUGAUCAUCGAAUAAAAAUAAAACCUGAUGCUAAAAUUCUUGAAGGUGAUCCAUUAGGUUUAUUCACAAUUGAUUCAAAUAAUCAAUCACUUAUUUUUCUUGAUGAAUCACUUGCUCGUUCAUAUAUUUAUCCUCUAACUUUAACUAUAAUUGAUAUAUCACAAAACGAAUUAAUUAAUUCAACUGUAACAAUAUUUAUAUCAAAUAUUGGUAUACAUUUUCCAUGUCCAUCUUAUUUAAAAUCUUCACCAUAUAUUUUUACAUAUGAAUCUUUAUCAUCGAAUAUUCUUGAUCCUUUAACAAAUCAUGAAUAUAAAUCAUUAAUUAUACGUGCUUUUGAUCCAUUUACACCAAUAAAUGGUGAAGCAUCAAAUCAAGCUGAAUGUAUAAUUAAUAAUGAAAUUGAAUAUAGAAAUAAUUUACAAAUAGAAAAUCUUAAUUUUAUAUUUGAAAAUGAAUUUUUAAAUGGUUAUAUAAAUGAUACAUUUGGUUUAUCAUCAUAUAUAUAUAAUUCUAAACAAGAACCAAUAGAAAUAAAAAUAAAAAAAAAUUUUUCUUAUAUAAAAUAUUAUUUAUUAAAUGCAAUAAAUAAAAAAUUUUUUCAAUUAGAUGAAUAUGCCGGUUUAAUUAAAUAUAAUUCAUUCAAUAAAUUUCAAUAUAAAAAAUAUUCAUUAAUUAUUUAUGCUAAAUAUCAAACAUUAAUAACAUUUAUACGUUUAAAUAUAUUAAUUAAUUAUAAAAAU